AUGAGGAACAGAAUCCACGUGGGUGUGAUGAGGUUGAUGGACCGUCAAGGUGAGUUUCUGCUCAAUAACUCUGCGAUCCUGGGGUGUCAUUUGGCGCCACGUGAGCCAAGCAUCCCCAUAGUGGGCUUGCCGCUCAUUGAACAACGACGACUGAGUGGAUGGUCCCUGGACGGCGACGAGCCGGGCGUCCGCACCGGGAACAAGUUGUUAAUGAAGCUGGCCGAAUGGUCCUUGUUCGAACGAACUGGUGGUCAAUUGCGGUCGGCCGAUUGCUGGAAGAAGCCCGCCGGCCCCCGGGCGAGUCCCUGGACGAGGCCCGCAAGAGCUCAACAAAAUGCUGCCAAUGUGGUCUUAUACGUAAAAGCAAAUCGGGAUUCUCGUGUGGUGAUACGCGGCCCUCUACGCUGGAGAGCCGUUCUCGAGGCAUCACGCGGACGAAUGCUCUCGUACCACGGUUCGUUCCUCCCAAUCGAGUAUGGAGGUCGGUCAGGCAGAACAAGUUCCAUCACGCCCAUAGUUGUCGGCAUUAAGGUACGCCUACAGACUAUUGGCAAGAAUGCAACACCAAAGCCACUAGAUUACGGUAGAGUGAGAUGGAGGUGGGAUGAAAAGGCUUGGAGACUUGGGGUCGGCGGCAGCGUUAUGUCAUGCUGCUUCCUGCCGCCUCUUGGGAGCUUGCGAGCUUCGGAGCUGAAUCUCGCAGCUUCCUUCUUCUUCUCUCUACGUCUGUCUACCUUAGUGCCUACACUACAGCAGACUCUCCCUCCUUCAUCCACCCACCCACACCCUCCCAAUUCUAACGAUCAACGGCCAACGGUCAACGGUCCAUCGUCGAUUCGUCCCUUCUUCCCAGCGAGCCACCCGUACCUGAUGAUCAGAUUCCGCGCCCACGAGACCUCUUCCUCGCCCUCCAUCACUUGGUCUCUUGGACCUGGUCUCUUGGACCAAUACAUCCUCAAUGCCUCCCCCUCACGACCAGUCGACGUUGCAGCCAUCAGCUACGACAUAUCGGACACUACCACACAUCUCGUUCAGCUAUCACUGCGCCAUCUCUCGAACCGACAUUUGACCUUCUUUCUUCCCAAGAUUGCCGUUCAUGCCGUGCCGCUUCCACCGACCUUGCCUUUUGAUCGAUUCCCGUUUUCCGUGCAGAACAAGAGCCGAAAUCUGCGCUCCGUCACCCCUGACCCCUGCCCCAUCGAUCUUCGCCGCUGGACCGAGUUUGGGAUUUCCGACCGCCUGUGGACGUGGCAGACCCCAGGCAGAGACCUCUUGGGGUAUCACGAGGUCCGUCUUGUACCACCACUCCGAUGGUACACACCCAUUUGCGAUGCUGCAUAUGCACUUAUUCAAGGAAAUAGACAUCUCUCUCCCCGCGUCGGAGCCGAGCCCGGACGAGCAGAAUUCCCACCAAGCGCCCACCCUGCACGUAACAAGGGAGAUCUUCACAUCCAUUUUGCAUGCCACCUUGGAUCGGCCAUGUCGACAUUUACGGUCAUCAUCGCCGUCUUGUCGACCCUUUGGGCCUCGAGCGUGGGUCUUCUUCACGGCUUAAUCUUGUCAUACCCACCGCUCCUCUCAACGCCCUCGCUGGAAAGCCCGACUCUGAACUGUUCCCACCUACCAACUCCCGCCCGAAGCGAGGCGGUUUCGGCCGCUAAUCCGGUUCGACACCGAAUCGAUCCUUUGUACCAAAAGACUACGGAGUACAGCACAGAAUCUCGAAAAGGGUGGUAUUUCCCCCGCCUUGCACUGACUUAUCGCUGGCGCUGUCGUAUCAAACCAUACUUUGUCUACGCGACAUGUCGAUCGACCACUCUAACGCUCAUAUCUGACAAGCAUAGGCCCGAACAAUCCAGCACAGCUGCCCAAAGGGAGCAUCCCACAACCUUGAUACGUUGCAAUAUCUGCCUUUUUCUAAUGCUCUUGGACCCUUCUGGUAGCUAUCAGGGCAUCAUGAGCUGUCAGGUAUGGCUGCAUAUCCCUGCGGUCAGUAGAGUCCACGGAGCUGCCAAGCGGAUCGUCUGUUGUCACUUGCCUUCUAUACCACGCGGACUGUAA